UCUCAAUUUGCAAAGAAAUUAUUCGUGACAUUUCUGUCAUUCUUCUUGAUGCAACUUACGGGACAAAUAAACAUAAGGAUUUAUUAUAUACCUUGCUUUCUCCUGACCCCAAAACCGGAAAAGAAAAAACCCAGUCAUUAGGACGUAAACUCACAUCUGAUGAGAAAAGAUCAUUAGAAAGUGAGCUCUUUGAAGAUUUAAAGUACCUAAUGAACAUUGAUAAUAUAAAUGUCGUUGAUGAAGUUUUAGUAACGUUUUUUGAAAAAUGGAAAAAUUUAGUAACAUUUAUAGCAUAUUUCAAACGACAGUGGCUGAAUGAACCAGAUGAAUACAGAAAUCUUAAUGGAAUUAACAAAAUCAUGUGGAUAAAAGCUUACCGUACAAGAAUUCCACGCACUAAUAUGGAUACGACAAAUAUGCUUGAAUCUUGGCAUAAGCGUUUAAAGUAUAACAAUUUUGAAGGCAAAGUAAAUAGACGCAUCGAUGUUUUAAUUUAUGAACUAUAUGUCGUAAUGGACGAUGAUACUUGGCAACAAUGGCACCUUGGUGACGUUCGAGCAGGGCGUAUGAUGCCUGCAGAAAAGGAAGUUCGCAGAAAGCAAAUAAAGGCGCAAGAGUUACAUGUUUAUGCUAUCAUCCUUCGCUAUUUUUCUUCACCUUCAAAGAACGUCGAACUACCUUGCCAAAAGUGGCAACAAAUUCAACAGCCACAGCAGCAAGUCCCUACUCCUGAAGAACUUAUUCAUAAUAUUCAUGAAAUGACGCAGAACCUUAAUGAUCUUGAUGUCAAUUCUUUACAGGUUGUUCGUAAUCAAUUGUCCAGAGUUCUUGAGGAUGUUCGCAGGCCAGACAGAACUUUUCAGGAAG